AUGGGGGGCAGGCAGGGAGCAGAACUGAGGCAGGGACAGGAAGGGAGCCCGGCUGUGGGCCAGGGGAGUCGAGAGUGGCUUGGACACCUGGUGCACGUGCCUGGCCGCGGUGGUGAGCGGAAACAUCUGUAUGGAUUGUUUCAUUACAAUCCCACGAUGCUUGGACUUGAAUCGCUUCCAGAUCCCACUGAUACCUGGGAAAUUAUAGAGACCAUAGGUAAAGGCACCUAUGGCAAGGUCUACAAGGUAACUAACAAGAGAGAUGGGAGCCUGGCUGCAGUAAAAAUUUUGGAUCCAGUCAGUGAUAUGGAUGAAGAGAUUGAGGCAGAAUACAACAUUUUGCAGUUUCUUCCUAAUCAUCCCAACGUCGUAAAGUUUUAUGGGAUGUUUUACAAAGCGGAUCACUGUGUGGGAGGACAGCUGUGGCUGGUCCUGGAGUUGUGUAAUGGGGGCUCAGUCACCGAGCUUGUCAAAGGUCUACUCAGGUGCGGCCAGCGGUUGGAUGAAGCAAUGAUCUCAUACAUCUUAUAUGGGGCCCUCUUGGGCCUUCAGCAUUUGCACAAUAACCGAAUCAUCCACCGUGAUGUCAAGGGGAAUAACAUUCUUCUGACAACAGAAGGAGGAGUUAAGCUCGUUGACUUUGGUGUCUCAGCUCAACUCACCAGUACACGUCUGAGGAGAAACACAUCUGUUGGCACCCCAUUCUGGAUGGCCCCCGAGGUCAUUGCUUGUGAGCAGCAGUAUGACUCUUCCUAUGACGCUCGCUGUGACGUCUGGUCCUUGGGGAUCACAGCUAUUGAACUGGGGGAUGGAGACCCUCCCCUCUUUGACAUGCAUCCUGUGAAAACGCUUUUUAAGAUUCCAAGAAAUCCUCCACCUACUUUACUUCAUCCAGAAAAAUGGUGUGAGGAGUUCAACCACUUUAUUUCACAGUGUCUUAUUAAGGAUUUUGAAAAGCGGCCUUCCGUCACACAUCUCCUCGACCACCCAUUUAUUAAAGAAGCCCACGGGAAGGUUUUAUUUCUGCAAAAACAGCUGGCCAAGGUCCUCCAAGACCAGAAGCAUCUAAACCCUGUUGUUAAAACUAGGCAUGAAAGAAUGCAUACCAGAAGACCCUAUCAUGUGGAAGAUGCUGAAAAAUACUGCCUUGAGGAUGAUUUGGUCAAUUUAGAGGUUCUGGAUGAGGAUACAAUUAUUCAUCAAUUACAAAAGCGUUAUGUGGACUUGCUGAUUUACACAUAUGUUGGAGACAUCUUAAUUGCCUUAAACCCCUUCCAGAAUCUAAGCAUAUACUCCCCACAGUUUUCCAGACUUUAUCAUGGGGUGAAACGUGCCUCCAAUCCGCCCCACAUAUUUGCAUCAGCAGAUGCUGCUUACCAGUGUAUGGUUACUUUCAGCAAAGACCAGUGCAUUGUCAUCAGCGGAGAAAGUGGCUCUGGGAAGACGGAAAGUGCACACCUGAUUGUUCAGCAUUUGACUUUCUUGGGAAAGGCCAAUAAUCAGACCCUGAGAGAGAAAAUCCUGCAAGUCAACUCCCUGGUGGAAGCCUUUGGAAAUGCAUGCACUGCCAUCAAUGACAAUUCCAGCCGUUUUGGAAAAUACCUGGAAAUGAUGUUUACACCAACCGGAGCUGUGAUGGGGGCAAGAAUCUCCGAGUAUCUUCUUGAAAAAUCCCGAGUUAUAAAACAGGCAGUGGGAGAGAAAAAUUUUCACAUAUUUUACUAUAUUUAUGCUGGUCUUUAUCACCAGAAGAAACUUUCUGAGUUCAGACUUCCUAAGGAAAAGCCUCCUAGGUACAUAGCUGAUGAAACUGGAAGGGUGAUACACGACAUCACUUCUAAGGAGUCUUACAGAAGACAGUUUGAAGCAAUUCAGCAUUGCUUCAGGAUUAUAGGGUUCACUGACAAGGAGGUACACUCAGUGCACAGAAUUUUGGCUGGGAUUUUGAAUAUUGGAAACAUUGAGUUUGCAGCUAUUUCCUCUCAACAUCAAACUGAUAAAAGUGAGGUGCCCAAUGCUGAAGCUUUGGAAAAUGCUGCCUCUGUUCUCUGCAUCAGCCCCGAAGAACUCCAAGAGGCCCUUACCUCACACUGUGUGGUCACCCGGGGUGAGACCAUCGUCCGUGCCAACACUGUCGACAGGGCUGCGGAUGUCCGAGAUGCCAUGUCCAAAGCUCUGUAUGGGAGGCUCUUCAGUUGGAUUGUAAAUCGCAUCAAUACACUCCUGCAGCCAGACAAAAACAUAUGUAGCGCAGAUGAUGGUAUGAAUGUGGGGAUCUUAGAUAUUUUUGGAUUCGAGAACUUUCAGAGAAAUUCAUUUGAGCAACUCUGCAUAAACAUUGCCAAUGAGCAAAUCCAGUACUAUUUCAACCAGCACGUUUUUGCUCUUGAGCAGGUAGAAUAUCAGAAUGAAGGCAUUGAUGCUACACCCGUGGUGUAUGAGGACAAUCGCCCACUCUUAGACAUGUUCCUCCAGAAACCCCUGGGACUGCUCGCACUUUUGGAUGAGGAAAGUCAAUUUCCCCAAGCAACUGAUCAGACCUUGGUUGAUAAAUUUGAAGAUAAUCUGCGAUGCAAAUACUUCUGGCGGCCCAAAGGAGUGGAGCUGUGCUUUGGCAUUCUGCACUAUGCUGGAAAGGUAUUAUAUGAUGCUUCUGGAGUUCUAGAGAAAAACAGAGACACUCUACCUGCUGAUGUGGUUGUAGUCCUGAGAACGUCAGAAAACAAGCUUCUUCAGCAACUCUUCUCAAUUCCUUUGACCAAAACAGAAUUGGUUUCCUUAUGAUGAUAUUUGCCCUCAAACAUCAUUUCUAAAGAGACUGUGC